GAAUGGGAUUGGCCCCUUCAACAUAAUGAUGAAAGUGUAAAAGUCAGUGAGGAUGAUAAAAGUUUCCGAGUUGAGUUGGAUGCGCAGUUCUUCGCGCCAAAAGAAAUUUCGGUCAAAACAAUUGGAGACCAAAUUCAAAUCCAGAUGGAUCAUGAAGCGCGAGGUAACGAUAAGACGAAUGUGAGCAGAAGCAUUACGAGGAGCUACCAACUUCCCCACAAUGUCGAUAUGAAAUCAAUUAAGAGCAACCUUGACGAAAAAGGCGUUCUUCACAUCAGCGCACAGAAGCAUUAG